CCAGUUCCAUCUAUGUCCACAAACAACAAAAAUCGUCACAUGAUUGUACGGAAGUGCUAACAAUCUAAAUAGAAGACAAGAUGGCAUCGCACCCGGGAGGAGGCGACCAAGCCAAUUCUAAAGAUCAGAUGCUGGAAGUAGGAGCAAUUUUAUUAAAGGAUUUCAUAUAUGAGCGAGUUAAGAGACAUGGAGAUGGCAACAGUGUAACAGUGACCAGGGCACAACUGGGUGGAUCACAACUGUGUGACCCAAGCCAAAAGAGACUUGCCAAGUGUCUACAGCAGAUCGGAGAUGAGCUGGAUGGGAAUGUGGAGCUCCAAAGAAUGAUAAAUGAUUCUGCGCUCAGUCCUUCGAAAGACGUGUUCGUGAGAGUUGCUUGUGAGAUCUUUUCAGAUGGAAAAUUCAACUGGGGCCGGGUAGUUGCACUGUUCUACUUUGCUUGUCGACUAGUUAUCAAAGCUCUUGUGACCCAAGUUCCUGAUAUCAUCAGAACCAUCAUCAGUUGGACCAUGGACUACCUCCGAGAACAUGUGAUCAACUGGAUCAGAGAGCAGGGUGGCUGGGAAGGUAUUCGUUCUUACUUUGGCACUCCCACAUGGCAGACUGUGGGUGUUUUCUUGGCUGGUGUGCUCACCACUGUUCUGGUCAUUCGCAAAAUGUGAGCUGUUCAAGAACAGACAGAUGAAAGAUGAAAAGGCCUGGAAUGGAGGGAGACGGGGCAGGAACAAGGACAAAAUCAGAGAGGAAAACAAUAAGAAGUCUUGAAGAACUGGAAGAACUUGUAUUUGGAGAUGAUAAACCACCCUUCGUCCCUGCCUCCCAUUCAUGUGGAAGGACUGGGAGUUUGACUGAAUGCACUGUUGUGCCCAUGAUCUCUUACGCCACAGAGGAAGCGAGCAGUGCAUGAGUAAAUGCACCAUAAUGGGCUGGAGAGUUUGUCAGACCUGAAUGGGGUAUACAUUUUAAGUAAUUUAUUUUUACGGUACAGAUUUAAACAAGUCACUGCAAUCUGUUUUUGAUCCUAUUUGCCUAAAGAUCCAUGGACAAAGUUCCCCCUGUGCAUUAUUUUCAUUACAGUUCUUUGUUCAUGUCUGUUUUCUUUUCUGAUCUUCCCGUUCUCUCCGACCAUCUCAUCAUGGUUUCUUGCUGUCAUAUGUUCAUAUGUAUUUGUGAGUGUUUACUGGUGUAAAUUACUGAUGUAAUGAUCUGCUGGCAAUCAAAGUGUUGAGGGUGGUCCCCAAAAAGUUGAAAUAUUCUUUUUGACAAGUAAGAUUAGCAAAUAAGAUGACACGCUUAAUAAAUACACAUAAGAGGUUGUACAAUAAAUGUAAAAAUAAAUAAUUUUGUUGCUUCCUGUAAUUACAUAGCUCAACCUUUUUUCUGUGAAUUAAAAUUUGAAACAUCAUAGCCAAGAACUAUGUACAAAGUUAAGUUUACGUGUUAAGAUAGUGUUGAAAUUAACAUGAUCUCAGAUGAUUGUCAGUAAGUUAAAUUUAAAUUCUCUUGUGUAACUUGUUGUCACAUGCCUCCUUUGGGCAUUUCAACCAGCAUUGUGACCUCAGCGUGGUUCACGUUGACAUAUAUUCUGCCUAUGUUUGUUUUUUUUCUCGCUUUGUGGUGCAGAGCCACAUCAUGAACUGACAUUUCCUGUGGUCUGCAGAGGAUGUUGCACUGCAGACAAAGUACUCUGAAUGCUCACAUAUGCUUACCUCACUUUAUACAUUUUCAAAGUACUGUAUUUUUGUGAGCUAUUCAAACAGCAAUCUUAUCUACACAGCAAAACGCUUUUUAUACAUUUUUCUUGUUUGUCAGUGCCUUGGUGGGUUUUCUUUUUUUUUUUUUUUAAACUACAAAAGGAAUUUGAUAUUCUGAAAUUUUCACCUUUUCUAUCACAUUUGUAAAGCUUGAUAUUUGUUUCCCUGAAAAUCUUUUUGCAGUGACUUUGUAUGUUGUAAAAUGGAAAAUAAAUCUUUUAAGAAUUA